AUGGGAUUCCAUAUCCUUUUUUCCAUAUUCCUAACGUUCCAGUUCAAUAGAUUGGCCUCAUCCAUACGCCUUGGACAUCGUGAUCUCAAUGCAGACUUUUUGCCAUGCUACGAUUAUAUCAUUGCUGGAGGUGGUAUUUCUGGACUCGUCCUUGCUAACAGAUUGUCUGAGGACCCCGAGGUGACGGUGCUGGUUAUUGAAGCUGGUAAUCUAUCAAGGGACAAUGACGAAGACUUCAUCAAGUAUCCUUUUGACGAUGGAGAGGGUCUGGGCUCAAGUUAUGACUGGAACCUUUGGACUGCCCCUCAAACAUCUCUUGAUGGCUCUUCUCGACCAAUGGAUUUAGGGAAAGGCGUUGGCGGUGGCAGUCUCAUCAAUGGCAUGUGCUGGACUAGAGGUGGAAGUGCCGAUUAUGAUGCAUGGGUAGCUCUUGGAAAUCCUGGGUGGGGAUGGAACGAUCUUUUACCUUAUUUCAAAAGAACUGAGAACUACACCAACGAUGUCGAUGCUGCGUUUGCUCAUGAACUCUAUGUUUACCCAGAUGCUUCGACGCACGGUACGACUGGAUAUAUCGAUGUCUCCUACCCGAAAUACUUCUAUCCUCAAUCUAAAUUGUUUCUGGAUGGACUGCGAGAGCUUGGGAUUCCUACUUUACUCGACCCAAAUAAUGGCACAACUGCUGGCGGAAUGUUGAUUCCGAAUAAUCUUUCACCAGAUAGCCAAACACGUUCUGAUGCAAGACGAGGUUAUUAUGAUGGUUUUAUAAACCGCCCAAAUCUACACCUUGCCACAGGUCUAGUCGUCAUUCGAGUAUUGAUGGGCCCCGCCCUUUCAGAAGUAUUUGCACGAGACCUUCCCGCUGGUCAAUGGAUCACUGGUAUCCAAAUUGCACCUUCUCUGAGUACUGUCGUACGCGAAAUUUCAUGUUCACGAGAAGUCAUACUUGCAGCAGGAAGUAUUCACACCCCUCAAAUACUUGAGCUGUCUGGAAUCGGCCAGCCAUAUAUCCUAGAGCAGCUCGGCUUGCCAGUACACAUUGAUUUGGCAGGAGUAGGAGAGAAUUUCCAAGAUCAUCCCUACGUUGACACCAACUCUAGUUACCCAACCAUUGUACAGAUAGACAACAAUCCACAACUUCUUACACAAGCAGAGCAGGAAUACUACGUCAACAAGACUGGGCCCUGGACUGCUGGAGCAAUCAACACAGUCGCAUUCCCAUCACUAUCGCAAGUUACUUCAAAUUGGGCCAAUAUGCUAUCUGAUGCAGAGAACCAAGGGGUAACAGACUACUUAGUACCAGGUCUAGAUGCAAGUGUUCUCUCAGGAUAUGCUGCACAAAAAGACCUCAUUGUCGAGCUUCUCAACCGUUCGGAUGUAAGUGCUUAUGAGCUUCUCAACGAUAAUGUGGGGCUUAUGUCUGUUGCUGCAAUGCAUCCUCUCUCUAGAGGCAGCGUUCAUAUUACAACGGACAAUCCAUAUGUGCCACCAGAUAUUGACCCACGCUACUGCUCAAACCCACUCGAUCUUCAAAUAUUAAUGGACGCCCUUAUGUUCAACAACAGGAUUAUAAAUACGAAUCCUAUGAAGUUGUUGCAGCCAAGACCUUACUACCCAUUUCUUCCCAAUGCUACGCCAGAAACCUUGAUACCUGCAAUUAAAUCUGGUUUACGAACAGAGUUCCACGGCUCCGGCUCAACCUCGAUGAUGCCACGCGAAAUGGGCGGUGUUGUCGAUCCCGACCUGCGUGUUUACGGAACCAAAAACCUUAGAAUUGUAGAUGCUGGUAUCAUACCAAUGCUUCCUGCCUCUCAUCUACAAGCACCUGUUUAUGCUAUAGCGGAAAAGGCUGCCGACACCAUAAAGCGCGACAACUAUGGUUUAUCUCCUAAAGGAUGUGGAAAAGGUUCUUCUUUUGCACGUCCUGGUCCAGUCUUAUCAAGUUUGUCGAUAAAUUCUUUGAAGUUAUCCGUCUCAAAUCCACUACCCAGUGCCACGACCCCACAAGCUGUGAAGUCAUCAUCUCUAGCACCACUUCCUCCUCUACCGUCCUUGCAAAUGAUAUCUCCUCCAGCAGGAUUCCUUAUCCCUGGAUCACAAGUAGAGAACAUUUCCACUCCACCUGUUCCUAACUUAGGAGGUCCGGCUCUCAGCGCUUCAGCGGUGUUUCCUGUUUUACAGGGCUGGAACAAUUCUUCACAUUCUCUUGUCCAUGAAAUGGGAACUACUGCAGUUGGAACACCAGUAAGAAACUCCAUAGCUCAAUCGACAGCCAUGACUCUAUCGCUUGGCGCCGACAUUGGGAGCCCGGCCCUUAGAAAUGGUUCUGAUAGUGCUUUUAUAUCGUCUGAAAUUACCACGAUACAUGGUGCUCCCCUUCUCACACCAGGUACACAGACUUAUGUAGCUACAUCUAUUGUACCGACAUCCACUUUGCAGACCGGAUCCACUUCCCAGCUUCUAUCUUCAAGCGAAGGAACUCAAUCAACGAUGAUCAGCCAGGGGGCUCUUACUCUCACAGCACCGGUCAUAGCAGCCUCCGCGUCCCCAUCACCUGUUUCACCACCAACUACUGUUCAGACUACGCAAACUACUCCACAAUCUGAAGCAAGUCAAACCUCUAAACCCUUCACCACCGGCCAGAACGCAUUGGCAGAUGUGGCAGCUGUAUUUGGGACAAAGUUUGAACAGGUAGCUUCAACUAUUGUUUCUAUUCCUAUAGCAGGUACAAAUAUACCAGGACCCACAAUUACAUCACCUGUUUCUGUCCUCGAUAUACUUCCGGCACCACCAUUAAUGUUCAAAACUUUGGAGAGCUCUGCUUUCCAUAGUGUAGCAUCAAUGCUGGAGGACAAGUAUGCAACUGUAUCAACCGAGCCACUAGGCGGCUGA